CUCCCUCCUUCAUGUCAUGGCGUAAGGGAGAGCGACGGAAGUAGAAAGGAGGAAAAUAUGCGCUUCGGAAGCCUUUAACGGCAUGCCUUUUUAAAAACAUGGAGGCGGCUAGUCGUCGAUAAGGUUCCGAAAAGAUUAUAAAUCGUGUGAAAAUAUAAUACUGAUGUGAAUUUUUUUAAUCAUGAUGUGAUUGUAGGAUGCAGUAGUUAGGUUUAUGGGAGCCGGAAAUGAUGGCAAGCUAAGCUGGUUACUGGGCUGGUGCGGUGCGGGGCCUGUCUCAUGAAGAUUGCCAUCAACUGGAAGUAUGCAGCAGAAACGGAACAUCCGGAUCAUCGAAUGGGAAGACCUGGACAAGAGGAAGUUCUACUCCCUCGGCGUGUUCAUGACAUUAACCACACGUGCCACCGUCUACCCCUUCACCCUGAUCCGAACCCGGCUGCAGGUCCAGAAGGGAAAGUCGCUUUAUAAAGGCACUUUUGACGCCUUCUGUAAGAUCCUUAAAGCUGAAGGUGUACGUGGACUGUACCGGGGCUUCAUGAUUAACACUUUCACGCUGAUCUCAGGUCAAGCCUACAUUACCACCUAUGAGCUGGUUAGGAAAUACGUCUCUCAGUAUUCCUCCAAUAACACCGUCAAGUCGCUGGUGGCUGGUGGCUCUGCCUCGCUGGUGGCUCAGAGCAUUACCGUUCCCAUCGACGUGGUCUCCCAGCAGCUCAUGAUGCAAGGCCAGGGGGAACAUCUCACACGCUUUAAGUUCAAGCCCAAGAUGGCCGUGGCCACAUCUAAGCACAGGGUGACGUUUGGCCAGACCCGGGACAUUACCGUGCAGAUUUUCGCUGCGGAUGGUUUUCGGGGUUUUUAUCGUGGCUAUGUGGCGUCUCUUCUUACCUACAUUCCUAACAGCGCUGUGUGGUGGCCUUUCUAUCACUUUUAUGCAGAGCAGCUGUCUCGACUGGCUCCAUCCAACUGCCCUCACCUCCUCCUGCAGGCUGUGGCUGGGCCGAUGGCUGCUGCCACCGCCUCCACCCUCACCAACCCCAUGGAUGUAGUGAGAGCCAGAGUGCAGGUGGAAGGCCGUUCGUCAGUGAUUGGAACGUUUAAGCAGCUCAUUGCCGAGGAGGGCAUGUGGGGCCUGACCAAGGGUCUCUCUGCUCGCAUUAUCUCCUCCUUGCCCACCUCCAUCCUCAUCGUCAUCGGCUACGAGACGCUGAAGAGGCUGAGCCUGCGGCCUGAGCUGGUCCACACCAGACACUGGUGAAAAGCAAGGGGCGGCUCAGGACACACACACACACACACAUGCACUCACACGGCUGACCCUCUCAGUGUGGGCCUUUUUAACCUUGCCUUUUUGAUAUUUUAACACUUGACAGAUGUGUGAGUUACGCAGUACAGGUGGGAUUUAGGGAAGCGGACCAGUCAGUAUAGUAUGUACAGUAUUUUUUGUAAAAGAUUACACAAAACUUCAGGAAAGUGUUUAUGAGCUGCCAAAACCGCCAAGAAACGGCACAUAUCAAGCACACACAUGGGAGAGUUUUGUAAUAUUAUAAGCUGAGUUAGGCCUUGUCUGUGUGUAAAGCAGGCACAGCUUUAUAAAUGAGAUGAAAGUUCCAGCUUCUGCCAGAGAUACCUUUGUAGCAUGAAUUGUAUGUAAAGUUAGAACGAAUGACUGCUUAUCAGAUCUGACUCGUAUUACAAAAUGCAAAUGUGGGCUCAGAUCGAUCAGAAGAUAUGAGCAUUCACGCUGUAACAUCUAUAUCAAGCUGAACUCGGAACCCGGUCAACUGCUUUCAUUUUCAGAAGAAAUUUUCUACAGUAUUUACACCUCAAGCGUGUUCUUUAUCUUUAUUUUUAUGUGAAUACGGUUUCUCAGUGAAAUAUAAAGGUGUGCGUUGGGAAUGUGUGAUUUGUAGUGCCAUGUAAUCCUUGAGAUAUAUGUGACCUUUUUUUUAAUCGCUCUGGUCGUCAUCUGAAGGAGACGGCUGGCACUGUGUGGGAGUCGUGAAUGUAUGUAUAGAUGAGUACGUGGUGAAACCGUUACCGUUACACAAUCUUUACUCUUUUCUGUGUUAUCUGCUCACAAUGAACUUUCUUCCCCCCAAUACACCUCGUAUUGUAGGUUAAAAAAUGUUGUGGGUGUGGCCAAAGUUUUCGACUUAUUUUGUAAACAUCCUCAGGCCUUUCUGUAGGUCAGAUAAUGUGUCAGAUGUAUGGUGCUUAAGUGUAUCAGCCUCCAUCUGUGUGUGAGAGAGAUUAAACAAACAGUGGCUUAUUCCCACAAACGUCUUGUGCUAUGGAACAGUGUGUUAUGUAAAUCCUCGCAGUGAAGCAUGGUGGUGGUGGCGGUGGCAGCAUAAAGGCUUUAGUGCUGCUUUUCCUAAGCCAGAAUUGCAGGGAAUCAUAAAAAGCUACAAAUACCAGCCAACGUGCAGAAUUGUCAAGUAUCUGCGAAUAAGGUGAAGAUGAAAAGCAAUUUCAGCAUGUCAGUCACUCCGAGCAUAUAUCCAGAUCCACACAGGAAUGACUUUACCAGAAGAUUGUUUUUUUGAAAUUGUCAUAACCCUCAUCUGAACCCUGUGGUUUGACCUGAAGUGGAUCAUGCUCAGGAGACGCCCUUACAGUCUGAUGGAUCUGGAAUGUUUUUCUAAGUGUGGAAAAGCAGGAAAAGAUUGCCAUGCAAUGUGUUUGUUUUUCCACUUAAUUUUUAUACACUGCAAAUUUACACUGAGGUGGAAAAAUUCUCAAAAUCCUGCUGUUUUGAAAGGAGACAAAAGGGAGAGAUACACAGAGAGAACAAAAGAGAGAGAACGAGAGACAGACAGAAUGACCGACAGAGAGAACAAGAGAGAGAGACAGACACAGUGUGUGACAGAGACAAAGAGAGACAGACAGACAGGAAGAGAGAGAGAGAGAGAGAGCACGGUCACAGUGUCUAUAAUGACUGUGUGAUUGUUCACAUUUAAAACACAUGUUUACACUGCAGUUCUUCUCGCACGAGCUAAACAGACCUGCAUGUGGGAGACAAAGAAAAUAUAAUGCGCUUACAGGAAAAC